ACAACCAUAGCAAAGUCCCGAUCCUCCGACUUGAUCGAGUGUGUGAUGGCCUCCGCACGGCCCCCCUCUCAUGAUUUGCAUAUGUAGCUCUGUCGACUAUUUCGUCCACUGAAUGGAUCUAGUGAGGUGAUAAGUGACAUCAAUCAGAUAGGGAUGAAACCACGUUGACGAAGCACCCUCACUGCUCCCUUGCUUCACGGUUGAGCGGAGGCUCUCUCUGAGUAAAGGUAUCGAGAUUUCAUAACCACCGAAAGAACUGGAUAUCUUAGGUACGAUAUCUAUUAAAUCUAUAUUACUUCGAUACCCGGCAUUUCUCGACCGUAGACAGACGUCGGGUAGGAGGCAAGAAAACAUGAUGGCGACGUUCCGAGUUUUGUCGUUCGCAGCCCUUUGGCAUGCAUCGGCUGCGUUACUUGUCGCAGAUGGGUCACCAUGCGAGACGCAAUGCGGUAAUGUACUUGGCUCAACAACAAACGAUAUGAUAGUCUGCGAGGAUUCGGAAUACAGCGUCGAAUCAUCAGGCCAAGUCUACGAAGCCUGUAUCGGCUGCGAGUCGACGAGUUCGUACGCAACACCAAACGGGGCACAAAACAAAUCCGACUUACAGUAUAUGCUCUAUAAUAUGCGAUAUGCUGUCAACGUAUGUUUAUUCGACGCUAGAACAACCCCGUGCAUCACUUCCUACGCUUGCGGUAACAUCGAACAAGCGAUCAAGUACGGUAAUCUUACAUCCAGUAGCUCGAUAUAUGGCUACUGUGACCAGUGGACCGACUAUAACCUUAACAAUUGUCGCUCUUGCUUGACCUCUUCACCUAACAACAACUACCUUAGCAACUAUAUAUCGAUUCUGGAUGGCGCUUGCAGACUAAGACUUGAGCCACCAGCUACCCUUCCCUUGCAAGGUAACAUCUUUUCUACGGACGCCGUGAAUGUGACGGAUCCUACGCCUACAGCCACAUUCUCUCCUCCAGGGUUGAAAGGCCCCUUGGACUCCGGUGCUAUUGCUGGUAUUGUCGUUGGUGGCCUCGCCGUUCUUCUUACCAUCGUCGGAUGUGGGAUCAUUGUCAAUGGCAAGCGCCGGAGAAAGGCAUACCUCCGCCGUCGGGAGCAAACCACUAAGAACUGGCCCUCAUCUCAAGGCGGUGGUGAGAUGUUUGAGACACCCAUUAGUCAGAAGCCUCUCCGGGGCUGGCAAGACUCGCCUAUCAGUGCAUCAACCCAGACUGCCUUCACACCCUACUUCUCGCCUUACUCCUCUCAAUAUAAUAGUCCCGUCAGCGGGGUCGAAGGCCCUAACAUGACAUGGCCAAUAGAGAAGUCUGAUAAUAUCGGUAUUGCAAUAAGCCCGGACCGUGAGGUCUACUCGCCAUGGAGUGAUAAGAAGGGCAAGGAAAAGGUUGCAAGUGUAGGAGAUGACGGCUACGAGCUGCAAGAGGGCGUGAACAGUGCCGGCGGUUACGAAAACAGGAUUCAACCCUCGCACGCCUAUAACCCGCCUUUGCUAAACCAUCCCGGUUACGGGAGACGCAGUACAGGAUCUCGGGAAAGCCCGCGAGAGUAAGAAGGGGUACGGCAUAGUUACCGCCUAUUAGGUGGUAUCGUUGGAUAUGGUGCGGCUUGAAUCUUUUACUCUUAUAAUAUUAGCGAGGAGUUGUGGUGUACGAUGAGAUACCUAAAGGUCGUGUUUGACGAGUCACGAUAGAAUUUCCUUGAUCAUCGAGGAAUAUAUGCUAUAAUUUCGGGUUGAGGGGUGGCGGCCUUGAUUUGAUUGGGGAAGAUUUAUACCAUGGUAGUUGAUUUGACUGUUUAAUUGGUUUACACAAUUGAUUGAGGGUAUAGAUUCGUCUUGAGAAUUCUGAUUGCCAUACCUCAUGAAUCACCAGUACCAAGCCUUCACUCAAUUUCACCCAAUCCCACCUUAUCGUCAUUGC